AUGUUUGGACACCAGACGGCCAUCUUUUAUAGUGCUGAGGGCAACCGGUUUCUAUUCAACAACGAAAACAAGCUUUUCCAGCACUAUUGGCCCGAUUCGGUUAAAUUGUUAUUUGGAAACUCUUUACUUGGCAAAGUUGGGGAAGAGGCCAAUGAUGUGAGGAAGAUGCUGAUGGCAUUCUUGAAGCCACAGGCUCUGCAAAAGUUCGUGGGCAGAGCAGACACCAUAAUUAACAACCACGUGAAGAGUAAGUGGUUUGAUAAGCAGCAAAUCAAGGCUUUCCCUCUCAUCAGGCGCUGCAUUUUCGCUGUGGCCUGCAGUCUUUUUCUAAGCCUGAAUGAUGACACUGAUAUUUCAGAAUUGUAUAGUUAUUUCACAGAAUUGGUGAAGGGAAUGACGCAAAUUCCUCUAGAUCUGCCGGGAACGCCAUAUCGCAAAGCCAUGAGUGCACGACGUCAUCUUCACCAAAUACUCCAAAAGCUGAUCGAACGGAGGAGAAAUGAUUUGGCGAGCGGAUCUGCUUCGGGAGAUGAGGACCUCUUAUCCUUCCUUCUCUGCAACGUAGCAGAGCAUGGAAAUACACUUACGGAUGACGAUAUUAAGGAUAACAUUAUGCUACUCUUAGAGGGCGGCCAAGACACAAGCGUUGUCAUUCUAUCGUUUCUGCUCAGAAAUCUGGCUCUUCAUCCUCACUGCUACACCAAACUCCACCAAGGUACAUCUCUAAACAAUAGUAUUCUGCAUAAGUUUUUCAAAAUAAUUUCCCUUUCAAGAUUGACAAGAUGUAGGAGAAGGCUAAUAUGA